AUGGACUAUUAUACCACGUGCAACACUCUUCUCAAGGUAUUCUGGGUUCUCGGGCCAUUUGCUUUAUUCUACGAUGCCCCAUUUGGAAGAUUUGGGGAUGGUGCUAGCAGGUUUAGCCUGAAUGGCAGAAUUACAUGGUUUAUAAUGGAGUUGCUGUCGCCGCUGUCUUUCGUAGCAGCUGUGGGCACUAGUGUUAGUACUCCACUCAACACCCUUCAAACCACAGCCACAGCCCUCUUCCUCGCACAUUACCUCAAUAGAGCUGUAAUCUACCCACUUCUGAGCCCCUCUUCAUCCCCAUCCCACUUGCUGGUACUUGUAUCUGCAGCCACAUUCAACAUAGCCAAUGGCAGCCUGCAGGGGAAAUAUAUAGCCGAACUAGAUGUUUUUGAUGGAUUCGGCCGCAUUGGUGUAUUUGGAAUACUCCUUACGCUGCUUGGAUUCGCUGGAAACGUCUACCACGAUUCAAUACUCUUCAAGAUAAAGAGGGAGUGUAACGGCGGCUAUGAAAUUCCCCAGCGUGGCCUAUUCAAACAUAUCAGCUAUCCAAAUUACUUUUGCGAAUGGAUCGAAUGGUCGGGAUACGCACUAUUCACCCACUCUACAAGCACAAAAGAUCCUCCAAUCAUGUUCAUAAUCGCUCUCCUCGCUACAAUGGCCCCACGCGCAUACAAAGGUCAUCAGUGGUACAAAUCCAACUUCAAGUACCCAGAAUCGCGCAAGAUUGUAAUCCCGUGGCUCUUUUAA